GGUGGAGUGGACGCGCACCAGCAGCAGCAUCAGCAGCAGCAUCACCACCAGCUGCCGCCGGUGCCGCCGCAUCACGCCGCGCUCAUGGCUCCUCGGCCUGACAUGGUAGCAGCAGCCGUCGCGGUGAGCGGCGGCGUCGCGGGCAGUGGCGGCGGACCGACCGGCGGCUCGGCGGUGCGGCCGGGGUCGAUGACGGAGCGGGCGAGGCUGGCCAAGAUCCCGCAGCCGGAGCCGGGGCUCAAGUGCCCGCGCUGCGAGUCCACCAACACCAAGUUCUGCUACUUCAACAACUACUCGCUCUCGCAGCCGCGCCACUUCUGCAAGACGUGCCGCCGCUACUGGACGCGUGGCGGCGCGCUCCGGAACGUUCCCGUCGGCGGCGGCUGCCGCCGCAACAAGCGCACCAAGUCCUCCAAGUCUUCCUCGUCGUCGGCCGCCUCGGCCUCCGCCACCGGCGGCACGUCGUCCUCCACCUCGUCCACCGCCACGGGUGGCAGCAGUUCUGCCGCGGCGGCCAUGAUGCCGCCGCAGACGCAGCUACCCUUCUUGGCCGCGUUGCACCACCACCCUCUUGGCGGCGGCGAUCACUACAGCACCGGUGCAUCGAGGCUAGGGUUUCCCGGAUUAAGCUCGCUUGAUCCCGUCGACUACCAGCUCGGCGGCGGAGGCGCUGCUGCCGCCAUCGGGCUAGAGCAGUGGCGCCUCCCACAGAUACAGCAAUUCCCCUUCUUGAGCCGCACCGACGGCAUGCAGCCGCCAAUGUCCGGCAUUUACCCGUUCGACGCGGAGGGCGCCGCCGACGCCGCCGGCUUCGCGGGCCAGUUGCUGGCCAGCUCCAAGGUGCCCGGCUCGUCGGGCCUGAUCACUCAGCUGGCAUCAGUCAAGAUGGAAGACAACAACGCUUCGUCGGCGGCCAUGAACACCUCGCCGAGGGAGUUCUUGGGCCUCCCCGGCAACCUCCAAUUCUGGGGCGGCGGCAACGGUGCAGGCGGCAAUGGAGGCAGUGCCAGCGGUGGCAGCGGCGCCGGUGUCGCUCCGGGAGGCGGCGGCUGGGCCGACCUGUCCGGGUUCAACUCGUCGUCGUCGGGGAACAUACUGUGACACGUGACACGAUGCAUGGCGAUGGAUCAAUGCUGCAAAAGAGGUGCAAGAUUAGGGCUGCAUUGAUCAAUCUCCAUAGAUGUUAUUUAUUUCGCGAUCGAGCUGCUUAAAUCAAAUUUGUCUAGAGAAAUGCUAGGCGAAACUAGUUUUUGCUUUUGAGUUUUCCUCUCGCUGUUCUCUAUCUCUCAUCUUUCUGCUGCUGCUUCUGCUGUUCUUGUACUUGUCGCGUAAGAUGGUGGAUUUCUCCUCUAUAUUGCUCUCCAUUUCAAUAUGUUAAGUGUUGUAAACUUUCUAUGCAGUUAUUAGGUAAGGUUUACUAUAUAUAUAGAUUGGUGCA